AUGUCUAAUAUUGUGGAGUUGAACCCCGUACCCCAAGAUUAUAUUGGCGGUAUGGCCUUUGUUGGUCACGAUCAGUUUGUAGUAGCUUGUUGGGAUGGGUCAGUGACAUUAUAUUCUGUAGAUGAGAAUAAUAUGAUUGCUGAUGUUAAUAGAAUAACACAUACUGCCGGACUAAUAAGCGUGGCAGUUGUGUUAGAUUAUGUAUUUGUAGGAAGUGUUGAAGGUGAGUUGUUCUUUGUUGAUUUUGAGAAUGGUACAUUGGUUGAGAGUGGUGAGAAUUCUUCUAAUUUAGGAAUAUGUUCUCUAUGUUCGAGCAAAGCUCAUAUUAUUACUGGCUCAUGGGAUGGGCUACUACAAGUUGUUGAUCCUUAUUCCAAUUUAGUCGUUUCUAAACACCAAUUACCCAAAGGUGAGAAAAUACUUGCUAUUGAUGGUACAGAGAAUGGGAUGUUGCUAGUAGGGAGCACAGGAAAACAUAUACGGCUAUUUAAAAUUGAUGAGUAUGGGCAAUUGAAUCAAACGUCUAACUUAGAUUUCCGUCUGAAAUUUCAAAUCAGAGAUAUUAAGAUUGCGCCUGAUUUCCAAAGUUAUGCCUAUGGGGGUAUUGAUGGGAGAGUUGCUGUUGAAUAUUUUGAAAAUCCAACUCAAACUUAUGCAUUUAGGUGCCAUUAUUUAAACCUAGAGGAUGCUCAGAUCACUUAUCCCGUGAAUAGCAUUUGUUUUGCUCCGAAUACAAAUACACUUUAUACAUCAGGCUCAGAUGGUCUAGUAUCUCUAUGGGAUUUAUCAAUUCGUAAGAGAAUACAACAAUUCCCUAGAUUCAACAAUAAUGCAGUUGUCAAGUUGAUUUGUAAUGGCCGGAUAUUAUUAGUUGCAACUUCAGAUGAUUCAUUUAAAACAAAUGCUGUCAAUGACGAAGUGGAGCUUGCUAAUAGUCAAAUUUAUUUGGUUCGACUGUAA